UACCAAAUGAGCCCUAGUAUACACCUAGGAAAAAGUAGAACUUUCUGAAAAAAACAAGAAGAAACAAACCAUGACUCUUUACUGAUGAUUCAGACAACUGAAAGGAACUGAACAUAGAAACACAAGAAACCACAAUCCCCUUUCUCCAUUGUUGUUGCAGAGUCCAAUGUAGGAGCUGAACCUGAACUCUGUACAUUCCCACCAACUCAACCAAUCUCCAUGGCCAUCAUCGACCAUCAUCGCUCCCUCUUCUCCCUCCUCAUUCUCUUCAUCACCCUCUUCCGAACCCUAACCCCAAAUCCUUCACCACCACUUUCCAACUACAUCGUCGGCUUCACGGAAUACAAGAGCGCCGAGCACCACCGCGCGUAUUUGGAAUCGAGUCUAUGCUCCAAAGGGUGGCGGUGGAUCGAGCGGCGGAACCCGGCGGCGAAGUAUCCGACUGAUUUUGGUGUUGUUUCGAUCGGGGAAUUGGGGGUGGUUGAGGAGAUUCAGAAAUUGGGGUUGGUGAAGUAUGUGAGCUUGGAUAUGAGCUAUACGAGGGGUUUGAUGAAGCUUGAUAGAGGUGAGGUUGGUGGUUCCUUUGUUGAUGGGAACAAGCGCCCUGGGAAGAUCUUCACCAAGAUGUCGUUUUGUGAGGCAGAAGAAGAAGAUGAAGAUUUCAGCAAUCGCAACAAUUCUAUUAACUUGGGGCGACAAUUGUUGAUGCAGAGAUCACAAGUUACUUCCAUGUUUGGAGCAGAAGAUCUUUGGAAGAAAGGGUAUACUGGUGUGAAGGUCAAGAUGGCCAUAUUUGAUACUGGUAUUCGAGCUGAUCACCCACAUUUUCGUAACAUUAAGGAGCGGACAAAUUGGACCAAUGAGGAUACGUUGAAUGAUAAUCUUGGACAUGGGACUUUUGUUGCUGGUGUCGUUGCUGGUGUGGAUACGGAGUGCCUUGGUUUUGCACCAGAUACAGAGAUUUAUGCAUUUCGUGUGUUCACUGAUGCUCAGGUAUCAUAUACAUCAUGGUUCCUUGAUGCCUUCAACUAUGCUAUUGCAACCGAUAUGGAUGUGCUUAAUUUGAGCAUAGGUGGACCUGAUUACUUGGAUCUCCCAUUUGUGGAAAAGAUAUGGGAGAUAACAGCAAAUAACAUAAUCAUGGUUUCUGCUAUUGGAAAUGAUGGACCACUUUAUGGAACUUUGAACAAUCCAGCUGAUCAAAGUGAUGUCAUUGGUGUCGGUGGUAUUGACUAUAGUGACCAUAUAGCCUCCUUUUCCUCACGUGGCAUGAGUACCUGGGAAAUUCCUCAUGGUUACGGCCGUGUGAAGCCAGAUAUUGUUGCUUAUGGACGGGACAUUAUGGGAUCAAAGAUUAGUUCGGGUUGUAAAAGUUUAUCAGGAACCAGUGUUGCUAGUCCUGUAGUUGCUGGUGUUGUAUGUUUGCUUGUGAGCGUCAUUCCUGAACCCGAUCGAAAAAAUAUUUUAAACCCAGCAAGCAUGAAACAAGCAUUGGUUGAGGGUGCUGCAAAGCUGGCUGGGCCUAACAUGUAUGAGCAGGGUGCUGGCAGAGUCGAUCUGUUAAAAUCAUAUGAGAUUCUCAAGAGCUAUAAACCUAGGGCGAGCAUCUUUCCCAGUAUUCUUGAUUAUACAGAUUGUCCUUACUCAUGGCCCUUUUGUCGUCAGCCACUAUAUGCUGGUGCUAUGCCUGUCAUCUUCAAUGCUACCAUUUUGAAUGGAAUGGGUGUUAUUGGCUAUGUUGAAGGUCCACCAACAUGGCAUCCUUCAGAAGAAGAUGGGAAUCUUCUUAGCAUUCAUUUUACAUAUUCUCAGAUUGUCUGGCCUUGGACUGGUUAUUUGGCCCUUCACAUGCAAAUCAAGGAAGAAGGUGCGCAGUUCUCUGGAACGAUUGAAGGUAAUGUGACUCUCAAGGUUUCUAGUCCUCCAGGUCAAGGGGAGAAGGGCCCACGGACUAGCAUCUGUGUGCUUCAAUUAAAGUUAAAAGUUGUGCCAACACCGCCACGAUCAAAACGAGUUUUGUGGGAUCAGUUUCACAAUAUCAAAUAUCCUCCAGGUUAUAUUCCCAGAGAUUCCUUGGAUGUUCGUAGUGACAUUCUUGACUGGCAUGGAGAUCAUCUGCAUACAAAUUUUCACAUCAUGUUCAACAUGUUAAGAGAUGCUGGUUACUUUGUUGAAACCCUUGGUUCUCCUCUUACAUGUUUUAAUGCUCGACAGUAUGGAACACUUCUGUUGGUGGAUCUUGAGGAUGAGUACUUUGCUGAGGAGAUUGAAAAGCUGAGAGAUGAUGUUGUUAAUACUGGAUUGGGAUUAGCUGUGUUUGCGGAGUGGUACAAUGUAGAUACCAUGGUAAAGAUGAGAUUCUUUGAUGACAAUACCCGGAGCUGGUGGACCCCAGUCACUGGAGGUGCUAAUAUUCCUGCACUUAAUGAUCUUUUGGCUCCAUUUCGAAUUGCUUUUGGAGAUAAGAUUCUGAAUGGUGAUUUUCCACUAUUGGGUGAGCAGAAUCGAUACGCAUCUGGAACAGAUAUAGUGAGGUUUCCUAGUGGUGGUUAUGUACAUAGCUUUCCUUUCUUGGAUAGUUCAGAAAGUGGGGCCACUCAGAAUGUGUUGCAGACAUCUGGCACUACCAAGGCCGAUUCUCCAAUUCUUGGUCUCACAGCAAUGGGUGAAGGUCGUAUAGCUGUAUAUGGGGACUCCAACUGUUUGGACAGCAGCCAUAUGGUUACGAACUGUUUUAGACUUCUGAAGAAAAUACUAGAUUUUACUAGCGAGGGUGUUAGAGAUCCAGUGCUUUUCUCUGAUUCAAACAAAAAAGAUACUCCCUUAUAUGAAGAUGAAAACCAGUUACCAUCCCGCAGAACUGAUGUGAAUUUCUCUGCAUAUUCAGCUGUCGUGGGGAAGGAAUUGAUCUGCAGGACUGACACAAGGUUUGAGAUCUGGGGAACCAAGGGCUACAGUUUGCAAGUCAGAGGACGAAACAGAAAAUUGCCCGGUUACCCUGUCAUUGAUUUGGGGAAUGGUUUCAAUUCAUCCUCUGAUAAUUCUAACAACAUUAGGCGUCCGGAGUUAACUGUGAGAAAUAAGGAUGGCCCUCCGGGGAACCGGUAUCUGGGCCUGUUCUAUGGAGAUGAGCUUGAUGCACCUAUGCUGGUUGGUAGUCACUGGCUUUAUCCUGCUGUUUUUGCAGCAACCGGUAUUUUGUUGUUGAGUUUUUGGCGUAUUCGCCAAAGGAGACGUCGACGAAGGAAAGGAGCAAGCUCUUCUGGUAGAUUAGCAGCCAAUUUAUUAUAGUCCAGCAUUAACAUGAAUUGUAAAAGUAGCCCCCAAAGAAAUUCCCAUGUAGUAUUAGCAUAGUAACAAGUUCACGUGUUUUUCCAUCAGCAUCAAUGUAGGAAGAAAGCCAAUUAACUUUGCUUUUUACCUUCAUAUGGAGUUGUAAUAUUUUUCUGUUUGGAUGCUUUUCAAAAGCACAAGUUUUCUGAUUACUAGGUUACGGCCUAAUUAUUAGAAUGUCAUUCAAGCUAUA